AUGCUUGUGUGUUCGACCAAGUCCCACCCAGAUUCAUUUCCCUUCCUAGAGCGGAAGCCUGAAGGCUGGCCCCAAUCAGCGCUGGGCCGGCUAACCGCUUCGGCGCAAACCUCAAUUGCCCACGAUACGAAGGGCGCAGCGUCAGCCACGCGAAGAAGUGGACGACAGGUCAAUUCCAUCCGCCCCUUUCCCGACGACGCUGGGCGAGUCAUCUGCAACACCGUUUCGAUUUCCAAUAUGUGGGAAUACGACCGAGGGCGUGUGUGUUGGCACCAAGAUUGCGCAUCUGCGAUACGCUGCUGCGCUGAGGGCCGAGGGCUCUGGACGAGGGCGGCUGUGCUUGUUUCCGGUCAGCAUCAAUCAACGCUGGGGCUGCACGCAGCAAAGAACGUGGACGACUGAGGAAGAAGUCAAUCGACGUCGAAAGACGUUCUGCGCUUCUUAUUCUCCCUCAAUUGAUCCUUCGUUGGCUUUGCAGCCGGUGCCCUCCGCUAAACCCCCGGUUGGAGGCAGCCUUGAAGACCGCCCCAUGGACCCACAAAGCCACAGCUCGGCGGCUGUGCUUAGGCAACGAACAUCGAAACACCAUCCUCAAACCAGUCACAAGGCACCAAACACCAGUUCUGCCUGUUGUGGCCUUCAAGUUGGCCUGUCUCGUAUCUUGUUGUGGCUU